AUGCUUGUCUUAAUUAAAUGGAGAAAAUUAGGGGUAAGAAAUAAUAGACUUCUUAGCAAAAUAAAUAAAAAAUAUUCAACUUUUGUAAAUAAUAAUUCUUUAAAUUUUCCGAAUAUUAACGAUGAUUUUCAUUUCACAAAUAGUAAUGAAGGAUCCAAUUUUGCAAAUAGCGUGACUGAUAAAAAUGGGGGGAAAUGCGAUAAUGCUUUUUUUUUUAAAAAGGAAAAGUUUAAUAACAUUAAAAAUGUAAAUAUUAAUAAUUUAAAUAAUAGAGAAUUAUUAUAUUAUAUUGGAUAUUGUAGUAAAAAUAAAAUAUUGGAUAUAUCAAUGUGGGAUACUGUAAUGAAUGUAUUAGAUACAAAAGUAAAAGAUAGUAUAGAUAUAAUUUCGAGCGAUUUUAAUAAAAAUAAAAAAAAUAUUUUAAAUUCUAAAUGCUAUGAUAGAGGAGAAAAUUUAAAAAAUCCUUUUUUUGAUAUACAUGAUUUAAUGAAAAUUUAUCAAAACAUUUGUUAUAUUAAUUCUUAUUUUUUUUUAAAAACAAAACAUGAAAAAAGUUUGAAAGGAAACGAAGAUACAGCUAUGAAAGAAGAUCCCAAUAUUAUUUUCCAAAGCAAGGAAAACAAUUUUGGUGAAAAUAGCUGUGAAUUAAAUAAAAAAUUAAAACAAAUACACACAAUGAAUAUAGAAGAUAUGAUUGAAGAAAAUAAUAGAUAUAAAAAUGGUUCGACUUUAAAUAACGUGAAUAAAAUAAAUUAUGAAUUUUCUCCAGACAAUAAUAAAAAUACCAUCUUCGAAUCGGAAAAGUUUAUUUAUAUGGAUAAUGCUAAUAAUACACACAAAAUAAAUAUGUUUUAUUGUAGUAAUGGUGUAAAGAAUAUGUUUAAUUUACUGUCUAUAUUUUUCCUUCAGAAUAUAAAUAUUAUAAACAAUCAUUAUUUAUGCCGUUUAUUUUAUGGAUAUAAUAAAAGCAAAUUUUACAAUGAAAGAUAUUUAAAUAAUUUAUGUUUUGAAAUAAUUAAAAGAAUAAAAAAAAUUCGAACAUAUCACUUAUAUCUAAUAUUAGUUAAUUCCUAUUAUUUAAAUUACAUAGACAACAUAUUUAUUAAAAUCAUUUUAAUUAACACAAUAAAUAAUUUAUCACAAUUACCAUGUGAAGCUAUAUGCCAAAUUUUACAUAUUGUCCCGUUGUUUAUUAAAUCAGAAAAAUUAUUAUAUAAAAUUAAUGUUAUAUAUUCAAAAAAAAUAGCAACAUUUAAUCAGCUCAUUCAUUUAGUUACUUUAUUUAAAAAAAUGUUACAGCAAAAGCUUAUUUCCCAAAAAAAUAUAUUUCAAACAUUUAUACAUUUAAAUAAAUUUAUGUUAAUAAAAAAAAAAAAAACUAUCAGCAUUCCAUUUAAGAAAAAAAAUCCACAAGACAAAAUAUUGAGCGACGAUACUUGUUCUACAAAUGAUGAUGAACUAAUAAAUAAUGUAGUAAAUAAUUUUAGUGCCUACAAUUAUUCAAAUAAAGAAAAUAAACACGAAAUAUUUAAUUCAGAUGAUUCCACAAACCCAGAGCAUACAGAGGAUUCCUUUUUAAGUGCUCAUAGUAGUAAUGAUAAUGAUACAUAUAACAAAAAUAAAGAUUUAAGGAAUGACAAUUCACUCAUAACUUCAAAAGAGGAGAAAAUAGAAGAAACAAAAUAUAACAUUUGUACCGAUAUACACCUUAUUAGAUAUAAUAAAAACUUAAAUGAGGAUAAGGAAGACAACAAUUAUAAUAAGGAUGAUUUGUAUUUUCAUUUGAAAAUAAUAGAUAUGCACCUAAGACAUGAUUUUAAAAAUAUAUAUUGUCUUUUUCCUAUUGAAUAUAAAAACUUUCUUCAAAAAGUGAGAAAUGUUUCAUGUAAUAUUAAUAAAAAUAUGCAAGGUGAAAAAGAAAUAUUUAUAUUAAAAAAAUAUAUGAAAAUGUUAAAUUAUAAUUUUAUUACUUUUGUAUAUGGUCCAUAUAUUUUACAUAUAUGUGAUCCGUUUUACAAAAUAUAUAUUGAUUGGAAAGACUCAUGGAAAUUAUAUCCAGUUUAUAAACAAGCUUCUCAGAAAAAUUUUGAAAACGAUAAAAUUAACCAUUUAAAAAAAGAAGGAUAUAAAGAAAUAUUAAUUUGUCAUGAUAUGUUUAAAAACUGCAAAAACGAAAAUGAAAAAUUACAAUAUAUUAAUUCUAUUUUAGAAAAUACAGAAUUUUCUAAAUGCUUAGAUAUUAUGAAUAACAAAAAUGAUUUUACCGUUCCGUUGCAGGAACAGUACAUAUAUAUAUGA